UCAAAUAUGGCGGUCGUAAUGCAAUAUAUCCGAGCAAGUUCUAGCUCAAUUUUACGCAAAGGAUGCGAGAGAUCAAGAUGUUUGCUUACAAGACCAGGCCAUUGGUCUAUGGGAAAUAUGCAAACUUUAUCUACUUUUGACGAGAAUAAAGAAAGGCUGUUCUCAGAAGUGAGCAUUGAAAUAAAAGGCAAUGAUGAAGCAGUCUUAGACAGCUACUCACAGUUCAUAACAAAAGCUGCUGCAUGUUUGAAAAUAAAAACAAAUCAGAUUGCUUUGCCAAGAAAUAUUGAACGGUACACAAUAUUGAAAUCUCCUCACAUUUACAAGAAACACAGGGUCCAAUAUGAGAUACGAACACAUAGGCUACUCAUUCAGUUUAAAGAGUUAACUGGCACAACAUCAGAUGUUUUCCUGGAAUAUAUUCAAAGAAAUUGUCCCGAAGGUGUUAGUAUGGGUGUACAGCAUACAGAACUGGAAGAACUGCCCAUCAACAUUCCUCCAGAGGCACAAACAUUUCUAGAAACUCAGAAUAAAUAUAAAUUUGGUAGAACGUGAUGAACAUUAUUUUUUGUAAUUUGUAUUGUACAUACAUU